AACUAUGCCAGUUACUUUUUGUACCGAUUUAGAUAAGUCAGUAUUAGUGACCAAUUUCGAGAAACGUGGCUGGCUUCACGUCGGUCCCGAAGAUGACUGGAAUUUCUACUGGGCUGGUAUACAAACAUGUCGUAAUCUAUUCAGCAUCGAUAGCGGAUACCGUAUGAAUGAUAACCAAAUCAUCAAUCACUUCCCCAAUCACUACGAACUCACUCGUAAAGAUCUCUUGGUCAAGAAUAUAAAACGCUACCGUAAGGAGUUAGAACGCGAAGGGAAUCCUUUAGCUGAACGAGAAUGUCCUGGCAGAUAUCUUUAUCUGGAUUUCGUGCCAGUUACAUUCGUACUUCCUUCGGACUACAGUAUGUUUGUCGAAGAGUAUCGUAAAAAUCCCCAUAGUACGUGGAUCAUGAAACCGUGCGGUAAAUCUCAAGGCGCUGGGAUAUUCUUGAUUAAUAAGCUAUCGAAAUUGAAACGUUGGUCUCGUGAAAGUAAAACACCCUUUAAUCCGUCUGUCGUGAAGGAAUCGUACGUUAUAUCUCGAUACAUCGAUAACCCUUUAUUAAUCGGUGGUAAAAAAUUCGAUUUGAGGUUAUACAUUCUUGUCACCUCGUUCCGCCCGUUGAAAGCUUAUUUAUUUAAAUUAGGAUUUUGUCGUUUUUGUACCGUUAAAUACGAAGCUAACGUUCAAGAAUUAGACAACAUGUACGCCCAUCUAACCAACGUUUCUGUCCAAAAACACGGAGUCGAGUAUAACAGCAUGCACGGGGGAAAAUUAAACAUCCAGAAUUUGAAACUCUACUUGGAAUGUACCCACGGUAAAACAGUGACCGAAAAUUUAUUCAAAGAUAUAAAAUGGUUAAUAGUUCACUCGUUGAAAUCGGUAUCUUACAUCAUGGCUAAUGAUAGACACUGCUUCGAAUGCUACGGUUACGAUAUCAUCAUCGAUAAUCAACUUAAGCCUUGGUUAAUUGAAGUUAACGCUUCGCCAUCUCUAACUUCGACUACUGUAAAUGAUCGUAUACUUAAAUAUAAAUUAAUCGAUAAUAUCAUAUCGACUGUACUGCCCCCCGACGGUAUACCGGAUAUCCGUUGGAAUAAAUGUCCCCCUACCGAAACGCUGGGUAAUUUUGAAUUAUUAAUCGACGAAGAAAUAGCCUCGAAAAAUAACGAAACCACUUCCAAGUCGCAAGAGUCGCGUAAUUCGUAUCAUGCACGAAAGUAGACUUAUUUUUGCUUUUUAUUUUGUGUAUUUAUAGAUAUGUCAUGCAGAUCACGAAUAGCAGCGCUUAAUGAAAAAUUGACUAUAUUGGAGAGAAAAAUUGAAUACUUGGAGGCAUGGGU